GACGACCGUGCAUUUUUUCCUCUGGUGGGCGGGUUUAUUGCAGAUAACUGGACUCGCUGAGGAGCAAAACUGGCUGAUCGCUGCUGCUUCUGUUCAUCCGUGUAAAAGUUUCUCUUUAGCGGCACCUAAAAUGCGACACGGGCGAACGGCGAACUGAGCACAAGCAGCGCGCGGCGAUCCUACUUAGAGCAUACAACCAUGCAAAACGACAAACCCGAGUCGCGCGAACCCAAGGUCGCCGAGGGUCCGAGCGCAGGCGACGGCGAGAAGAAAGCGCUGAGCGCCGUGGAGACCGACGCGGCCAAACCCAAAGGCAUCAGCGCCGUCGCCGUGCUCUGGACGUUCGGCAAAUGCCUGAGCGCCCUGCUGCCCAUCUACCUGGCCGGGUACUACCGGGUCAGCACCAGCCUGCUGGUGUGCGGGAUGAUGGUCUACACUGGAUGGAAGCACGCACGAGAGGCGAAGGAGGCGCGCCUGAAGUCGGCCAUAGAGCUGCUGGACGACGAGCAGGAGCACACGUCCACGAGGACGUCCAGGAUCAAGAGGGACCUCCCUGCGUGGGUGAACUUUCCGGACGUGGAGAAAGUGGAGUGGCUGAACAAGGUGCUGCAGCAGGUGUGGCCCUUCGUGGGCCAGUAUCUGGAGAAGCUGCUGGUGGAGACCAUCGCUCCGUCCAUUCGGUCCUCCAGCUCCCACCUUCAGACCCUCAGCUUCACAAAGGUGGACAUGGGAGACAAGGCCAUGAAGGUCGUGGGCAUCAAGGCCCACACAGAGAAUGACAAGGGACAAGUCCUGCUGGAUCUGUACAUCAGUUAUGUCGGAAAUGUGGAGAUCAACGUUGAGGUGAAACGAUACUUCUGCAAAGCCGGAGUCAAAGGAAUCCAGCUCCAUGGGAUGAUGCGUGUGAUUCUGGAGCCUCUGAUUGGAGAUGUGCCCAUCGUGGGCGCGGUCACCAUGUUUUUCAUCCAGAGGCCGAAACUGGACAUCAAUUGGACCGGGCUGACUAAUUUGUUGGACGUCCCUGGACUGAAUGUCAUGUCAGACAGCAUGAUCAUGGACGCCAUCGCCUCCUUCCUGGUGUUGCCGAACCGUCUCGUGGUUCCUCUGGUUCCCGGGCUGCACGUGGCCCAGCUGCGCUGUCCCUUACCCAGGGGCGUGGUUCGCAUCCACCUGGUGGAGGCCCAGAAUCUCGCUUCUAAAGACAACUACGUGAAAGGGGUGAUGGCCGGCCUGUCCGACCCCUACGCCAUCCUGAGAGUGGGCCCUCAGACCUUCACCUCCAAGCACAUCGACAACACGGACUCCCCCAAGUGGGGAGAAAUGUACGAGGUUGUAGUCCAUGAGGUGCCUGGUCAGGAGUUGGAGGUGGAGGUAUAUGACAAAGACACAGACAAGGAUGAUUUCCUGGGCAGAACCAAGCUGGAUCUGGGCAUCGUGAAGAAAUCCAUAUUAGUGGAUGAUUGGUUCACUCUGAAAGACACGGAGUCGGGCCGGGUUCAUUUCAGGCUGGAGUGGUUGGCUCUGCUGUCUGGCACCGAUCAGCUAGAGCAGGUCCUAAAGAGGAACGAGAGCGUGACUGGCAAGAAUGCCGGUGCCCCGUCCUCCGCCAUCUUGGUGGUGUAUCUGGACAAGGCCGAGGCGCUGCCUCUGAAGAAAGGAAAUAAGGAGCCCAAUCCCAUGGUGCAGUUGUCUGUGAAGGACGUCACGAAAGACAGCAAGAUUUGUUACACAACCGUUAAUCCAGAGUGGUCAGAAGCGUUCACCUUCUUCAUCCACGACCCUCGCAAUCAGAACAUAAACAUCCAGGUGAAGGACGGCGACCGCGUGCAGUCGCUGGGCAGCGUCACCAUCCCUCUGUCCCGCCUGCUGUCCAGUUCCCACCUUUCCCUGGACCAGUGGUUUCAGCUGGACCAGUCCGGAUCUGCCAGUCGCAUCUAUAUCAACGCGGUCCUCCGGGUCCUGUGGCUGGAUAAGGAGCACAUUCAGUCUGACGUGUCCUCUAACCUGGCAGCCGGCCCGUCCAAGCAGCUGCCCCAGCAGUCCUCCCCCGAUCCAAGCUUCGCCACAGAGGGGAUGCUUCGAAUUCACUUGUUGGCAGGCCAGAAUCUCGUUCCAAAGGACAACCUGAUGGGAGGCAUGGUCAAAGGCAAGAGUGACCCCUAUGUUAAGAUCAACAUCGGGGGAGAAACGUUCACAAGUCACGUCAUAAAAGGCAAUCUGAACCCCACGUGGAAUGAGAUGUAUGAGGUGAUUCUAACCCAGCUGCCUGGACAGGAGCUGCAUGUGGAGGUGUUCGAUAAAGACAUGGACAUGAAGGAUGACUUCAUGGGCAGGCUGAAGAUCAAUUUGAAGGACAUCAUUGACUCCCAGUACACUGAUCAGUGGUACUCUCUCACUGAUGUCAAGACUGGUCGAGUUCACCUGGUCCUGGAAUGGGUUCCUACGGCCUCGGAAGCCGACAGACUGGACCAGGUUCUUCAGUUUUAUUCCAAGCAGUCGUACCAGAACAAGACAGUGCCCUCAGCAGCCCUGCUCUUUGUGUUCAUCGAGCAGGCCGACGGUUUACCGGUGAAGAAGAGUGGGAAAGAUCCAAAAGUGGGAGCAGAGAUUACUCUGGGAGAAAACUCCCGCAAAACCACAGUGUGUGAUCGCACCACAACACCUCAGUGGAAUGAAGCGUUCUGCUUCACGGUUCGAGAUCCGAGAGAUGACAUGCUUAUAGUUAAGCUCUCCCACAGCUGGACCCUGCCAAUCGGUUCCCUGGUGGUUCCUAUCAGAGAGCUGCUGUCCGAGCCCGGGCUGGUCCUGGACCAGUGGUUCCAUUUGGACGGAGCCUCACCCGAGAGUCAGGUUCUUCUCAGGACUGAACUUAAGAUGCUGGUUCCUAGCAAAUGUCCAGGAGCCACAGAAAAAGCGAAGCCCGUUCCAGCAUCAGACCCGGCUCCAGUUAAGCGAAAGCAGGAGACUGACACUACUGUGAGGUCGAGUUCGGUGGACACCCCCGCAGUGGAGACAAUCGGCUCAUCAGUGGCCGUGAAGGAAGAUGUUGACGUAAAGAAAACAGCAGGUGUGAAAACCGUGAUUGAGGAAAAGGGAGAAGAGUCCCCGAGCCCGGCCCCACCAGAACCCAGCCACACCUCUCCAGACCUCAGCUUUGCCAGUGAGGGCCUGCUGAGAAUCGUCCUGUUGGAGGCCCAGAGUCUCAUCGCCAAAGACAACAUGAUGGGCGGCAUGGUGAAGGGCAAGAGCGACCCCUACGCCAAGAUCAGCGUCGGGGAGGCCACGCUUAAAAGCAGUGUGAUCAAGGAGAAUCUGAACCCAGUCUGGAAUGAGAUGUAUGAGGUGGUGCUGAGGCCUCAGUCGGGGCAGGAGGUGCAGGUAGAGCUGUAUGACAAAGACAUGGACAAAGACGACUUCCUGGGCAGAUUCAAAGCCAGCGUUGCAGACAUCAUCCGUUCUCAGUACACAGACCAGUGGUUCGCCCUGGAUGACGUGAAGUCUGGACGCGUUCGCCUAAUACUGGAGUGGGUUCCCACAGUGUCCCGCAACGACUCCCUGGACCAGGUCAUGCGGCUGCAGACACUCCAGACCUACCAGAACAAGGCCAGGCCCUCUGCAGCUCUGCUCUUUGUCUACGUGGACAGAGCUCACUCUUUGCCUUUUAAAAAGAGUGGAAAGGAGCCCAAAGCUGGUGCUGAGCUUGUAUUUGGUAAAACAGCCUAUAAAACCAAGGUGUGUGAAAGCUCCAGAUCCCCUCAGUGGAAUGAGGCCUUCUACUUCUUGGUUCAGGAUCCUCAUGAGGAGAUGCUCACCAUAAAGCUGUCCAGUGCAUGGGACCAGCCCAUGGGAUCCCUGGUGCUUCCAGUGAGAGAGCUGCUCCGCGAGCCACAGCUGGUCCUGGACCACUGGCUUCAUCUGGACGGAGCUUUACCUGAGAGCCAGAUCCUACUGAGGGCUGAACUGAAAAUCCUUAACUCCAGGAUGACUGAAGUUCCAAAGCCUUCAGUACCCGCUCUGAAGGAGGCCACCGCCACCGAGCCGACGCUCCGAGUCAGUGAGAAGGAGAAAAGCUCACAGCUGCAGGACACAUCUGUGUCCGUGUCCACUCAACCUAAACAGCCUGAACCAGCACACACGCAUCCUGCCGCACAUCUGGAAAAGGCCCCAGCUGCAGAACCACCUGUCACUCACACUGCACCUAAAACCACUCCUGCUGCUGUGGUGGAAAAGAAGGAGCUUCCCACAAAGCCGGAGGCAGCAGUUAAAGAAGACGUUAAACCACAACCGAAAAACCCAGAGAGUGCUGCUCUGGACAACCUGGCUCAGGCGACUGUGACUGCUCUGCCCGCUAAGACCCCAGGACCAGCAGAAGAACCCCCUAAAGCUGGGGAAGUCCUUCCACCUCACACCAGCCCGGACCCGGGCUUUGGAAAGGAGGGGCUGCUGAGGAUUCACCUGCUGGAGGCCCGGGAGCUGGUUGCCAAGGACAACCUGAUGGGGGGCAUGGUGAAAGGCAAGAGUGACCCCUAUGUUAAGAUCUACAUCGGAGGCACUACGUUUAAGAGUCACGUUAUCAAAGAGAAUCUCAACCCAACAUGGAAUGAAAUGUAUGAGCUGGUUUUGGGGGGACAGAGUGUCCAGGAGAUCAAGUUUGAAGCAUUUGAUAAGGAUCUUGAUUCUGACGACUUCCUUGGCAGAUUCAGUAUUAAGUUCAGUGAGGUCGUCAGAUCACAGUACUCAGAUCAGUGGUACUCUCUGAACGAUGUCAAGACAGGACGGGUCCACCUGAUCCUGGAGUGGGUUCCUACUGUGGCCAGUGCUGUCAGACUUGAACAGGUGCUGCAGCUCCAGUCUCUUCAGGCCUUUCAGAACAAAGCGGUCCCAUCUGCUGCUCUGCUCUUUGUUCAUAUGGACAGAGCACAUUCAUUACCUUUGAAGAAAAGUGGAAAGGAGCCCAAAGCUGGAGCUGAGCUCACUCUGGCUGAGACAACACACAAAACCAAAGUGUGCGACCGCAGCAACAACCCUCAGUGGAACGAGUCUUUCUACUUCCUGGUUCGUGACCCUAAACAUCAGAUGCUGGUUAUAAAGCUGUCGAGCAGCUGGGACGAGCCGGUGGGAUCUCUGGUGCUUCCUGUCAGGGAGCUGCUGGCUGAGCCGCAGCUGGUCAAGGAUCAGUGGUUCCGUCUGGAUGGAGCCGGUGCCCAGAGUCAGAUCCUGCUGAGGGCUGAGCUCAAGGUUCUGAAUACCAGGAUGGUCGACCUGAUCGGUGCAGGAAGUCUGCCCUGCUCUGCCGCUGCCUGCUCUGGUAACGGGCAGGUGAAGCUGUCUCUGUCAUAUGCUCCACAGCAGAAACGGCUCACUGUCACCGUCCACAGCUGCAGGGGUCUGUUGCCUCAAAGUAAGGAUGGCGUCGACAGCUACGUCUCCCUCCUGCUGCUGCCCGACAAAAGCAAAGCCACCAAGAAGAAGACAGCGGUGAAGAAGAAGGAGCACAACCCAGAGUUCAACGAGAGAUUUGAGUAUGAUCUGUCUAUGGAGGACGUGAGGUUCCGAUUCCUCAGCGUUUCAGUGAAGAAUAACUCGGCUUCGUUCAGGGGCCGCGAUGUGAUUGGACAGGUGCAGAUCGAGUUGGGUCAGGUUGACCUGACGUCAGGUGUCACAGAAUGGUUCACUCUGAAGGAUGAAGCUGAGUAGUCGCUCUGCUCGCUGAUGUCAUCGGACAGUGAUGAUGAUGUCAUUAAUCUGCUGCAACUCACACUGAUGCCUUCUCCUUCCGCUCACACAGUGUCACUGGCCUUACUGUACCUGCACCCAGCAGCUUUGUGUGUUCACAUAUACAGCACUGUUCUCACAUACACAAGUAGUCUGACCAAAGAUAUGUACGCUGAAGGAGCUGAGUUGUAAGACAGGGUGAAAAACUUUGUUUUAAAUUUAAAAAGGUUAUUCAGUAUAUGAAGAAAUAAAAGUUUAAAAACUGAGAGGCGGAAGUGAAGGAUGGGAAAAAGGUGAGAGGUCGUUAUAAGUAAUUCGCUAAAGCCUUAUCAGUAUUUUUCAUAUGUUGACAAUAUUACAUGUUGUCAUUUUAUGUUUCACAGCAUUUUUCAUAUCGCUCUUGAAUACUUUGUUUUCAUUUGACAUGUAUUUGUUACACCGUUGCCAUCAUUGUUUGAGUUUGUGUAUAUUUGGAAAUGAUGCAAAUCAGAUGGGUCAAGGAAGUAUGGUAACGAAAAUAAACUGAUUUUACACAUCUCA